GACCCGGCAGUCCCCAACAGGCCUGGUCCUAAGCAGCUGCUCGUGGGUCUCUCGAGCUCGCCGGAGCUGGAGUUCACGCCCCGUGCCCGGGAACACGGCAGCCUCCACGGAAGGAGGAGCUUCUCUCACCCAGGACUGCUCCAAGUCCCCCGGGCUGGAGACACGCCUGCAGAGGGAAGGGCGCAGGCGCGGCGGGCUGCGCAGGCGCGGCGCGGGCGGGAAGAUGGCGACCGGGUUCAAAACUGUGGAACCACUGGAGUAUUACAGGAGAUUUCUGAAAGAAAACUGCCGUCCUGAUGGAAGAGAACUUGGUGAAUUCAGAACCACAACUGUCAACAUAGGUUCAAUCAGUACGGCGGAUGGUUCUGCUCUAGUGAAGCUGGGGAACACCACAGUCAUUUGUGGAGUUAAAGCAGAAUUUGCAGCGCCACCACUAGAUGCCCCUGAUAAAGGAUAUAUUGUGUUUCUUUCAGUCCCUAACGUGGAUCUGCCACCACUGUGUUCAUCGAGGUUUCGGACUGGACCUCCUGGAGAAGAGGCCCAAGUGACCAGCCAGUUCAUUGCAGACGUCAUUGAAAACUCACAGAUAAUUAAGAAAGAGGACUUAUGCAUUUCUCCAGGCAAGCUGGCUUGGGUUCUGUACUGUGACCUUAUCUGCCUAGACUACGAUGGAAAUAUUUUGGAUGCCUGCACAUUUGCUUUGUUAGCUGCUUUAAAAAAUGUACAGUUGCCCGAAGUUACUAUAAACGAAGAAACUGCUUUAGCAGAAGUUAAUUUAAAGAAGAAAAGUUAUUUGAAUGUUAGAACAAACCCAGUUGCAACUUCCUUUGCUGUGUUUGAUGACACUUUGCUGAUAGUUGAUCCUACUGGAGAGGAGGAACACCUAUCAACAGGAACCUUAACGAUAGUAAUGGAUGAGGAAGGCAAGCUGUGUUGUCUUCACAAGCCAGGUGGGAGUGGACUUACUGGAGCUAAACUUCAGGACUGCAUGAGUCGAGCAGUUACGAGACACAAAGAAGUGAACAAGCUACUAGAUGAAGUAAUUCAGAGUAUGAAACACAAAUGAACAGCCACCACGAUUGCAAAACAUCUGUAAAAACUGUAUUUGUUACACUGUGCAGGUUUUUUUAUACUAAAUAAAUACCAACUACAUUCCUUUGAAAGAUA